AGGGUGCCGUUGCGCCGCCUCCGCCGUUCCCCGGCCCUCGCCUCUCGGGCUGCCCCGUACAUUGCCUGACCCGUGGCCCGCCAGCUCCUUCUCGCCCCUUCCCCGUCGGACGGUCCGAGACAGCUCACCCCGGGGGAGUCACCGUGCCCUCGGACCCGCGUGGCCACUCCGGAGCAGCCGCGGUGGCUGCAGCGCAAUCGCGAGGUAGCGGAGCGGCCUGAGCUUAGCGGAGCGGCGCCGGCGGCAACGCCCCUCGGGACACCCGCAGAUCACCCUUCCCCGGCGGCUUCGCUAUGGCGGACUGUUGUGUACCGACAUGCCCAAGGCCAAUGUGUAUCCCUCCAUGCUAUGCUGACCUUGGUAAAGCUGCCAGAGAUAUUUUCAACAAAGGAUUUGGCUUUGGGUUGGUAAAACUGGAUGUGAAAACGAAGUCAUGCAGUGGUGUGGAGUUUUCAACAUCUGGUUCAUCUAAUACGGACACUGGUAAAGUUAGUGGGACCUUGGAGACCAAGUACAAGUGGUGUGAGUACGGCCUGACUUUCACAGAGAAGUGGAACACCGAUAACACUCUGGGGACAGAGAUCGCAAUUGAAGACCAGAUCUGUCAGGGUUUGAAGCUGACAUUUGAUACUACCUUUUCACCGAACACAGGAAAGAAAAGUGGUAAAAUCAAGUCUGCUUACAAGAGGGAGUGUAUAAACCUUGGCUGUGAUGUUGACUUUGAUUUUGCUGGACCUGCCAUCCAUGGCUCAGCUGUCUUUGGUUACGAGGGUUGGCUUGCUGGGUACCAGAUGACCUUUGACAGUGCCAAGUCAAAGCUGACAAGGAGUAACUUUGCAGUGGGCUACAGGACCGGGGACUUCCAGCUACAUACUAAUGUCAAUAAUGGGACGGAAUUUGGAGGAUCAAUUUAUCAGAAAGUAUGUGAAGAUUUUGACACUUCAGUAAACCUUGCUUGGACAUCAGGCACCAACUGCACUCGAUUUGGGAUUGCAGCUAAAUACCAGUUGGACCCCACUGCUUCCAUUUCUGCAAAGGUCAACAACUCUAGUUUAAUUGGAGUGGGCUAUACUCAGACUCUGAGGCCUGGUGUGAAGCUUACACUGUCUGCUCUGGUAGACGGGAAGAGCUUUAAUGCUGGAGGCCACAAACUCGGGCUUGCCUUGGAGCUGGAGGCUUAGUCCAAUUGAGAGAAACCUCUGGGAACGGAUUAUCAGAAGAUUUGGCCUUAACAUAUUUCCGUGUGACCAGCAGGCUGCCCUUCCCCCAGAAGGUGAUGCAUCAAAGGCUGAUUAAACAAGACCUGUAUUUUCAAUAUUUAGACAGUUUCCUGUUGGCUGGUUUCUAGUUGGGUGGUUACCUAGUUAUCAGGGCUGCCCCUGUGCAGUGCCUCUGCAUUAUUUAAAUGUAUGUAAUGUUAAAUGUGCUACCCACCAAUGAUGAAAUAGACGUUUAUGAAAACCGUGCUAUGGUCUGCAUGUUUGUUCUCUGUUCUUUAACAUUGACCAUUGUACUGAAUGGAUCAGUGGAUGUUUUAAGAUGAGGAAGAGAUUUUUUUGUGUUAUAGUCAACCAUCAUCAGAAUUACUUUGGUAAUCCCAAACAUGACAAAUUAUGAAUAAAACAAGUGUACAUAACUAAUGACUCCACGUAUGUGCAGUUACAGGUUGGCCAGCCAGGGGCCAAACCUUGGUUAAUACUUUUCUGGUGAGCAGUUUGCUCUUUACCUUAAUCUGUGCAGCUAAAUUCCUGUGUCCUUAGCUUAAUUCCACGAGACCUUUGAGACGACAAUAAAAUCAGAGGAUACAUACUUUAA